AUGAAAAUAAACACACUCAUUCUCUUGGCCUUUCAGGCUUUGGCCUCAACUGCCACUACGACGGUGACCUGUCAGGAGGUGGACACUCAAUACCUGGAAAAUCCGUACUUCGAUGACGGUGCGACCGGAUGGUCAGUGCAGUACGGCUCAUCGGGGAGUGAUUAUGAUGUCUUUGAGUCCAGUGACUGCCCAUACGCUGGUACUUGCAAUUUGCUCGCUCUCAACGGUGACCACCUGUCGAGCAAUAUCAUCUCGCAAGAUGUGACAGGAGGUCUUCGUGAUGAUAUCACCUACUCCUUCAGUAUGUGGUGGCAGCUCCUCGCCGUUGGAGCCGGAUCGUGCACUGUCUCUGUCUCCUUUGACGUGAUUGAUCUGGGCUCGCAAACCGUUACCUCCUCUAGCGACGAUACCGUCUGGACGCACUUCACCGGCACAUUGAUGUCUACUGACGACUCAGGCGAGCUUGAUAUCGAGAUCAGCUGCACGUCCGGCAGUUUCUCUGAUGAUUCCGAGGUCAAUCUUUAUAAUAUCACCUUUACGGGACCGGCAGAAGUAUGCACCACCGCAACUUUGACUCCGACUCCGACUCCGACUCCGACCCCAACGCCAAAAUCAUCGAUUAUUGUGUCUACAAACACGCCAGUGAUCUCUUCCGCUGUAUCGUCGUCACUAGUAAAACUAGCCUCAUCUUCUGUCAUUGUUUCGCCAGUCUCUUCUUCUGCUGUUGUAUCGACCGCAACUCCACUCCCGUCCAAGCCUGCUUCUUCCUCGCCGGUCUCAUCUCGCAGAUAUACUCGCACCAGAUCAUGUUCAGCCAUCGCGUCCCAUCCGGCGAGUCGCACUUCAAUCCGGGCUUCAUCGGCUACUCCUUCGGGCUCAGCAUUGGGUACCUCCAGCUCCUCCGGUUCCUUGUCUUUGCCAGUCACAGUGUCUACAUCACCAUCAACCGAGCACACUUCUACCAUAUUGUCCGUACCAACACUGCAGCCAACAACAAUCCUUACUUCCUCUCAGUCCGAGUUCCCUACCACUGCAGAGCAGUUCACAACAUCUACUAUUGUUACAACCGAAGUACGCACGAUAACAUCAUGUGCAGCGUCUGUAACCAACUGCCCAGCCAGCGAGCGAUCGACAUUUGUGACGACUGAGACUGUUAUUCUGGGAACCACCAUCUGCCCGGUGACAGCCACGGAAACCGGUGCUAUUGCUAGUGCAACUGUUUCUACAUUGACUACUCCAACAGCCGAAGCGUCGUCUCAGGAGAUGACAACCUCAACGGUUUUCACCACUCAACUCCGCACCGUGACUGCUUGCCCAGCAUCUGUGAUCGACUGCCCAGCCUCCGCGAAGACAACAUACGUGACAACAGAGACCGUGGAGGCAUACACCACCAUCUGUCCUGUGACUGCUACCGAGACUGGUGCUAGUGCUAGUACAACUGUUUCUACAUUGACUACUCCCACAACCGAAGCUUCCUCUCAGGAAAUGACAACCUCAAUCGUUUUCACCACUCAACUUCGUACUGUGACUGCUUGCCCAGCAUCAGUGACCGACUGCCCAGCCUCCGAAAAGACAACACACGUGACAACAGAGACUGUGGAGGCUUACACUACCAUUUGCCCGGUAACUGCUACUGAAACCGGCGCUUCAACUGCUUAUACUUCAGUCAUCCCUGGAACCGGCAGCUCUCCAGAUUCGAGUUCGCUUUCGACAGUGCAAGUAUACACCGUGACAAGAACUGGGCCUGCGGGUGUCCCGACGACAUAUGUGAAGUCAGUCACCCUUCCAGUCGGUGCUGCCGCCUCGAGAACCGCCACCCUGAGCGAUGUUUCUCCUGCCGUCGUCUUGUCGGGUACUCCUGCCGCUGGUCAUACUUUCACAAAGCUCCAGUCUAGCUCUCCGGCUAGUACUGGUACUAGCACUGGAUCUGGCACUGGAUCUGGUGCUGCCACCAAAUCUAGUAGUGCUGUCACUGCCGUCUGGACAGGAGGAUCAUUCCCUCUGAGGGUCGACAUCUUGUCUGUUAUUCUUGGCUUGGGAAUUGCAUUGAUGCUGUAG